AUGUUGGAUUCUGUUUUAACAAGACAUUUCAAAUUUAAUGAUCAUAAAUAUGAUUCAAGAAAACAAACAAUGUAUAUUACAAAAAGAAGGAAUUCUCAUAAUAAUAGUUUUGAUUUAUAAUCUAGUAGAGAUUAAUCAUAUGGAUAUUUCAAUUAAUAAUUAAACUACGUACAUUAUUUAGUAUGCUAAGUGUGCAGUAGAUUAUUAUGAUGUUCCAAUGCCUAAAUAUACUCAUCAAAAGGGAUUUUCAAGUCCUGUUAAGAAACUUAAGUAAUCUCAAAAAAGAAGUAAUUCUUAUCAUUUCCAUUCAUAACCAAAACAAAAUUGUUAAAUACUUAAAUUUGAAGGUUAUAUCUCAAGAGAAUCACCAUUUAGAAAUUGGAUAGGAACUAUGAAUAAAUCAUAAGCAUCAAAAAUAUCACAAAUUUAACGAAU